AUGGAGGAUCAAUUCAAAAAUUUAGAAAAGAGGUUGGAGGAGCAGAACUCCAAACUCGAAGAUCAGAACAAAAAAAUGGAGCAAAAGUUCGAAGAGAUGAUGAAGUUUAUGCAGACUCUUAAGGAUUCAGCAACUAGCAAUGAGGAUACUUCAUUCUCUACUCCAAAAUCUCAAUCUACCAGAACACUAGGUAUGCAUCCCAAGCUUACUUUUCCUAAAUUUGAUGGCACCAACCCUAGAAUUUGGGUGAAAAAAUGCUGCAAGUACUUUUCAUUAUGUAAAAUUCCUGAGGAGCAGAAGGUGGAUCUUGCCUCUCUCAACAUGACAGAUAAGGCUGAGAGUUGGAUGAUGAUUUAUUUGUCAGUUAGAAAGAGUAUAAUAGUUGAUUGGAAUGACUUUGUGGCCGAUUUGUAUGCUAGAUUCAGGGAUAGUUCAGCACAAAAUGUGGUUGAAAAUUUUAAUAAAUUGCAGCAAACUGGUUUAUUAGAGGAUUAUGUGGAUGAAUUUGAAAAUUUGAGGUCAAUCAUGAUGAUGAAUAACCAUAUCCUGCCUGAAACUUACUUGUUGGAAAGCUUUGUUGGUGGACUUAAGGCAGCUGUUAAACCUUUUGUUAAAGCCUUUAAACCUGAUUCUAUUUCUGAAGCCAUUGAUUUGGCUAGGUUACAGGAGGAGAAUCUGGUAGCUACAAAAACAACCUACAAACAACCAUUUUAUAGCCCAAAGCCAUUGCAGUCUGUACCACUCCUAACCAACAACAAACCACCACUCUUACCUACACCACAAAUUAAACCAAACACCACCCUAUCCUUGACCAAAUACCCACAACAAAGAACAAAAAACUUCAAAUACAUACCAGCUGAUGUCAGGCAAGAGAAGAUUGCCAAGGGAUUGUGUUACUACUGUGAUGCUCCAUAUGACAGGAAUCACAAGUGCCAAUUUAGGGAACCCCAGUUAUUUACUGUAGAGAUUCCAGGUGAUAUUAUUGAAGAACUCAGUGACAGUGAUGAGUUGGAAUUAGGGGAUAAAGAGGUGAGUGAGCCACAAAUUUCUAUGAGUGCUUUAUCUGGCAGUCAGGGUUUUAGCACAAUGAGGGUGAGAGGAAUGGUGAAAGGCAAACCUGUGCAAAUAUUGAUAGAUUCUGGAAGUACACACAACUUUGUGGACCUCAACAUAGCACAGAAGUUGGGUUGCAUACUAGAAACAAUACCACCUCAAGCCAUUACUGUUGCAGAUGGCAACCAUUUAGCUUGCCAGCACAUAUGUAAGAAUUUCACUUGGACUAUACAGGACAUUACAUUUGAAGCAGAUGUAUUGCUCAUUCCCCUGGGUAGUUGUGACAUGGUGUUGGGAAUACAAUGGCUGAGUUUGCUUGGUCCUAUAUCAUGGGAUUUUUUGCAUUUACAGAUGGAGUUUUGCUUUCAGAACAAACAGGUUAUGCUGAAGGGAAUACUAAGCAAGAGAUUAAAAGUGGUUGAGGGAGAACCUUCUUCCAAAUUGUUUGCCACAACUGCUCAUUUAUGUCUGAUACAAGUUCAGAAUCAAGCUGAUUUGCAUUCAGAAACUCAUACACCUUCAGUGGAGGUUCCUGCAGAACUGAAAGAACUUCAACUCAAUUACCAAAUGGUAUUUGAGGAACCUACAGAACUGCCACCUUUGAGAGGGGUGUUUGACCAUGCCAUACCUUUGCUUCCAGAUGCUAACCCGGUUAACAUUAGGCCUUACAGGUACCCUCUACAGCAAAGAGAUGUCAUUGAACAGUUGGUGCAAGAAAUGCUGGAUAGGGGUAUAAUACAGAAUAGUGCUUCACCCUUUGCCUCCCCAGUAGUUUUGGUUGGUAAAAAAGAUGGUACAUGGAGAUUGUGUGUGGAUUAUAGGGAACUGAAUAAUAGAACUGUGAAGAAUAAGUUUCCUAUACCAGUGAUUGAUGAACUAUUGGAUGAGUUGUCUGGUGUUGCUGUGUUUUCUAAGCUUGAUCUUAGAUCUGGUUACCACCAAAUGAGAGUUAGUCCAUCAGACAUAUACAAAACAGCUUUCAAAACCCAUACUGGACACUAUGAGUUCCUUGUUAUGCCAUUUGGCCUUACCAAUGCUCCAGCUUCAUUCCAGAACUGGAUGAAUCAGGUAUUUAAACCUCUUUUAAGAAAAUGUGUCUUAGUCUUUUUUGAUGACAUAUUGGUGUAUAGCAGGACUCUAGAAGAUCACUGGACUCAUCUGGCAAUGGUGUUUGAGUUAAUGAAAGCUAACUAUAUGUUUGCAAAGUUAAGCAAAUGUGUAUUUGCUACUGAAAAGGUGGAAUAUCUAGGCCAUUAUAUUGCUGCUGAUGGUAUUCAUAUAGAUCCAAACAAGAUAAAUGCUGUACAAAGUUGGUCAGUUCCUUCUACUAUUAAGGAACUAAGGGGCUUCCUGGGUUUAGCGGGAUAUUACAGAAAAUUUGUCAAAGGAUAUGCAGUCAUUAGCAAACCUUUAACUGAUCAAUUGAAGAAAGGUGGAUUCCAAUGGAAUGAUCAAGCCCAAGCUGCAUUUGAGAAACUUAAAGCAGCUUUGGUAACUGCUCCUGUUUUGGCCAUUCCCAACUUUGACAAGCAGUUUGUUGUGGAAACAGAUGCAUCACAAAAAGGCAUUAGGGCUGUAUUAAUGCAAGAUGGACAUCCUUUAGCAUUCAUCAGCAGAGCUCUUGGGCCUAAAUGGCAACAAUUAUCAGUUUAUGAGAAGGAGCUUUUGGCAAUUGUGUUCGCUGUCCAAAAGUGGGAGCAGUAUUUGAUGGGGAACCAUUUCCUUAUCAAGACAGAUAAAAAAGUCUUAAAUGGCUCUUACAGCAGAAGAUAUCCACUCCUUUUCAGCAAUUUUGGCUAUCUAAACUCAUGGGUUUUGACUAUGAGAUUCAAUACAAAAGUGGCAAGGAAAAUUUGGCUGCUGAUGCUUUAUCUAGACUACCAGGUGCUGAAAUAUUGA